GGAGGGAGGAGUGUGAAUGUUACGAGUCACUUCUCAUUCCACUAAUUUAGCAGAAAGGGAGGAGAGAGAGAGGCAGAGCGAGCCUGGCGGUGUGUUGGCGAGCCGAUGAGGGACCGUGAGGCAGACUGUCGGAGCCUCUGCAGUAUCUGACCUGAGAAAAACACCGCUGCUGAGAAAACCUACAACACCCAAACGCACCGGCCCGGGCGGGUUUUUCCUCCAGGUGUGCGCGGAGGUAAAAAAAAAACCAAAAACAAACCAGCCCUCUUAUCGUCGAUCAUUCAUCCGCAGUUAAUCUCGGAGAUCUCGCGCAGGAAUCCGCCGCUGGUGAUCCAGCGCAGACACCGAAUCACCGGACAGCUACAGAGGCACCGGGCCGAAAGGAGGAGAACCCAGUUUGGGGGAUCAUAUUCUCAGGGUUUACGGCGCCCGGUCCCGGUCCCGGCCCCGCCGUCGCUCGGUGUUUACGCGGCGGCCGCAGAAGAGGAGGAGGACGCGGUGCAGCCGGGGAGGAGCGGCCGAGGGCUGCGGCCACACAGGAGCAGGUCUCCCGGAGGUUUUAUUUAGUACCGCGGUGAUAUCUCUACCGCCCGCCUCCACCAGCACCUGCACCCCGACAAAUGGGUUAAAGAUCGGGUUGUUCCUCCAGAGCAGCCGUCCAGAGCCCCCGGAGGGUCCGCUCACACCUGCCCACCCCGAGCUGCGGGGGCUGUAUGAUGUAGGAGCCAUCGCCCCCCCUCCUCCUCCUCCUCUCCCCAAACUCUUGUCUCUGCAUCACCAUCCUUUAAACACCCCUUCAACCCACCAGCGUAUCUCUGCCCCCCCACCCAGGGUCCCAUCCAGGGUCCCACCAUGCCGGCGGGGAUGAAACCGCUGGAGAAGUUCCUGAAGAAGCAGACCACGGCGCUGACCCGGGCCGGGGGCUUUGUUGGCGGGGUGUCGGACAAGGCCAGCGGGGGGACCGGGGCGUCCCGCCGCAGGGCCAGCCUGUCCCGGGUCGUGCCCUUCUUCAGGGAGACGUCACCGGAGAGCGGUCAGGCCCGGGAGGUGUUCAGCCCCGACAGUGAGGACCCCCCCUCCUGGCCCUCAGCCACAGGGACCGGUCUGGUGACGCUGCCCAGCAGCGCCAACGGCUCCGGUUCUGGUUCUGGAGGAGGAGACGUCCGCAGUCCGUCUCUGUCCAGCGACGAGCAGAGCUCCGAGGCCAGCCUGAUCACAGAGACCAGCAGCAGCGGGGGAGGGAGGAGGAGGAGGAGGAGGAGGGGGGGAGGGACGCCUCUUCCUCCCGACACACCGGACAACCUGACCCUCGCCGUGCUGGACAGCGUGGCGGGAAAACGUCACGGCCACUGCACAGAAACCCUGCUGGAUGACUUCAUGUUGACACAUCCCAUCUUCCUGACGGUCGACAGGUUACAGCAAGUCCUGCUGCAGCAAUUCACUCUGGAGACGGAGGAGAAGGGAGGAGAGGGGGGAGGGAGGGAGGCGGAGGGUGAGAGAAGAGAGAGAGGAGGUGGAGGAGGAGAGACGGAGGGAGAGAGCGAGGGAGUGAUGGACGGAGCAGAGAGGAAGCAGGCGGUGCUGAACGUAGCGUUUCGAUACCUGGACACCUACAGAGAGCUGCUGCAGGAGGAGGGGGAGCGCAGCAACAGCUUCCCGAAGGAGCUGUACAUGUGUGCGGUUCAGGAGUUGAGUCGGUAUCCUGAGCUGGUGGAGGACGUCCUCAAACUGCAGAGAUGGACCGAGAUCUUACACUGCCCCUCUGACGAGGAGAAGGAGAGCAGGAAGAAGCAGGUUCGUCCUCUGUUCAGACACUUCAGACGCAUCGACGCCUGUCUGCAGCCCAGAGAGGCCUUCAGAGGCUCCGACGAGAUCUUCUGCAGGGUCUACACUCCGGAUCAUUCCUACGUCACCAUCAGGAGUCGUCUGUCCUGUCGGGUCGGAGAGAUUCUGGCUCUGGUCAGAGAGAAACUCCAGUACAGCGAAGACCAGCCAGUUCUUCCCGGAAACCUCAUACUGGUGGCGGUCACGUCAGCCGGAGAGAAGGCGGUGUUUCGGCCCAGUGACGAGGCCGUGUUCACCACGCUGGGAGUCAACACUCAUCUGUUUGCUUGUGAAGCUUCUGAGCUCGACUCACUGCUUCCUCUUCCUGAGGAGAUCCACUGGACGCCGGGUGACAGCAAACUCCACGACAUGUCGGCAGAGGAGGUGGCCAAUCAGCUGGUGGUGUUUGACUGGGAGCUCUUCAGCUGCGUGCACGAGGUGGAGUUCGUGUGUUACGUGUUUCACGGAGAGCAGUCCCGCUGGCGCCCCCUAAACCUGGAGCUGGUACUGCAGCGCUGCAGCGAGGUGCAGCACUGGGUCGCCACAGAGAUCCUGCAGUGUCAGUCGCUGCCAAAGCGGAUCCAGCUGCUCCGCAAGUUCAUCAAGAUCGCAGCACUCUGUAAGCAGCAGCAGGACCUGCUGUCGUUCCUCGCUGUGGUUCUGGGUUUGGACAAUCCUGCCGUCAGCAGACUGCGACUCACCUGGGAGGGGGUCUCCGGGAAGUUCAGGAAGCAGUUUCAGCAGUUUGAGAGCAUUGCGGACCCCUCCAGGAACCAUAAGUCCUACAGAGACCUGAUCACCAGCCUGAGACCUCCACUGAUCCCCUUCACACCUCUGCUGCUCAAAGACUUGACGUUUCUCCACGAGAGCUGUAAGACGUUUCACGGCGAACUCGUCAACUUCGAGAAGAUGCACAAAGUGGCAGAGAUGGUGAGGAUCAUCAGACGGUACAGGAGCAGCCAGCUAGCCAUGGAUACAGAGACGUCCCCCUCCCACCUGCAGACGAAGGCCUACGUCCGUCAGCUACAGGUGAUCGACAACCAGAACCUGCUGUUCGACAUGUCCUGCAAGCUGGAGCCCAAAGACACAUAGAGGGACGGACGGGGGGACAAGAAAGAGACUGAAAAUGAAGAGGAGGAGGAAGACGAUCAGACGUUUUCGUUCAAGCAAUUCGAGUCCAGAAACAAUAAAGCAAAGGAGCAAAUGGAUGGAGGGAGGUUCAGGUAGAAAGAGAGGGAAAGGAGUGAAAACCUACACCCUCCUCAUCCUCUUCAUCCUCGUCUACCUGAAACGAAACAAACGACUAAAACAAGACGUCGUUCUUGAUCAGCAGAGAGAAGGAGCUUCUUCUCCUCCUUCGUCCACGACUUUGACUGUCCAUUAAGUUUUGAUUUGCUUCCUAUUUCCCUCCACCUCCCUCAUCCCUCCAUCAGCAGCUGUCCAGUCCGAACACCGCCAGCAGCCCUGACAACCACCGACUCACGAGACGUUUGCGUCAAAACCUCGAGACGCUUCAGCGACGGAUCGUCUGGAACAUUGUUGAAACGUUCGUAAAGGUCUUGCUCAGCAGCCUUAAACGUUGCAUUGAGAACCUCAAUGCCAAUGCCCUUCAACGCCUCUUGGAAAACGAGUGUUUGUGAUCCAAAAUGAGGAUCCAGAACCUGCUGGACACACGAGGCUUUUUCCCAUCCAGUCCAUCUGAAUAUUCUGAACGUUGUUUCUAACAGAACAGCAGCUGAAAGGGCGCAAAAAGGACCGACAGCGCCUUUCAUCAGCCAGCCAGAAGCCUUGUUCCUAACAUACAGCCGUGUGAGCCAACGGUGACGUUAUACAGUAAAACAAACCGUUUAAGUGAAGCAAACACACCGACCCAAGUCACGCUGAGCAACAUCACAUUUUCUGACCGUCCCCAAAACCACCACGAUACCUUUUUUUCCCCAACACAUUGCUGUUUUUCUACAAAAUCCGUUUCCAUUUAAGACAAGUGAAUCAAUAACGUCUCAUACUUAACAUGUAACAAUCCAAGAAACAGUCUGAAGAGGUAGAAAUCAGAUAAAGAACUACGUUAAAUAAUAGAUAAAUGACAUUCAAAAGCUACACAUUACAAAACUUAGGCCACAGGACGUGACUUGAGCGUUGUUGGAUAUAUAUUCUCGAACACCCUUUAAGUUUAAGCUUGAACACGCCGCCUUUACAAAUUCAAAACAUGCAUUUAAAGAAAGCCCCUCAGGGUUAAACGUGAGAGAAAACACUCACGGUAACGUAGAUUAAGCAAAUAAUCACCGACAACCUACAGCAGGCCGGGAAAUACAUCCAAAAAUACGUCAUCAAGACAAUUUGUCGUGUGUUUGCUCAUUUGCUGUAUGUUAGGAAGCGCUGCCUGUUCUGACUGACUGUACACCUGAGGCGUGACUGUCCAGAUCAAACUAAACCUCAAAGAAACGUCACAUCCAGGAGAUGAACGCCCACCAAACUAUUCGAAGCUCCGAUAAUGGGACAGGAUCCGACUGCAGGCUGGGGACGAGUCGCCGCUCUGACGGGGAGAAAUCAAUCCUCUUCUUUCACACCACGGUUACAUCCGGUUUCCUGACUUUCUGCACUUUCCCUCCUCUUAUGGCGGCUGACCAAUCACACUGCAGACAAUCUGACCACCUGCUGACCUCCACCCUGUCGUUCAACCGCCAUUUCAUUUUGUUCAACAAGAAUUAUACCGUGUUGGCCCGAAUAUAAGAUUUAAUUUGUUUUAUUUUUUGUUUUAUAUUCGGCAGUUAGGCAUCAGAUAUUGUUUUCUCUGCGCUACAGAGAGCGUUGCAUCAUGGGUUGGUUUGUAGCCUUAAUGUUUCAAGGCUAGCCAGUUUCUUCAAGUCCAUUUAUAGUGUUUCUUUUAGUUAGGCAGCCGUCAAGGUGUUGAAGCCCAGUUUAGGAGGACCAAACAUUUCCAUCCAAAUGUGGCGCAAAUUUUUACCGAAUUUCCAGAAACUCGUGAAGAUAAAACGUGACUCGCUGUUUGUUUCCACCCGCGGCUGCUGCGAGAACGCGAGCUCAUUGGCUGAUGGAGGUAAACAGCUGGUGGAGCUGAUCCUCCAGCCGCUGUCGUUUAAGCGUCGCAGAAGAAGAAGAGGACGCAGCGAGACUACGCCAUUAAAAUACACACAAAAGUGGGAUUUAUGUUCUGCUUUAAUGGCAUAAAUCACGUCGUGUUUCUCUGGCUUCAAGGAUGAGUCUCUUCUCCUUGGACCAACAGUAUCUUGGGGAAACUUUCCCAACUGUCUCAAAGUGUUUUGUAUCUUCAAAAAGUCUUUUUUUAAAAGCUGUUGGAAAAAGCAGGGCUCGUUUAAUAGCCAGGGUCGUCGUUAUAUUUGGGUCAAUACGGUAAUUCUGCGAGGAUGCACAUAAACAUCUGUACGGAUGUACACAGAGAAGGGCGUUAUGAGUAACUGCUGCACGUCAAACAGCUGACUGGUUGAUCCAACUUCCUGUUUGGUGGCAGGUUUGAAACAAAACACUGGAAUUUAACUGGACAUGUUCAAGUUACGCCCCAAAUCUGUACAGGAAUGGACAAAAACCACCGUGUUAACAUCUCUGAACAACAACAUGCAGACGGAGGAAAUGUUCAAGCUUUUAAACAGACCUGAGGAUGUAAAAACGCCAGCAGACGAGCGAUUCUUUAACCGACAAAUCCCUCUUUGUCAAAGACGAGCAAACGUGGAUUCACGUCGUGCAGCAGUGGUUUCGUUCUCCGGGAUCAACACUAAGUCUCUGCAGGAACAAACAGGAAUGAAAUAAAUCACCGGUAGUCGACCUUCAGAGAAACCAGUUUGACUGCAGGUGGAACCAGUCAAAUUCAGACGCUCUAACGUCACAAUACGAGUUUACACGUGAGACUCCUGCUCUCAGAAAUCUGUCAUCUGUAUUUCAAGACUGAAUAUAUUUUUCCAUCAAAGUAAUGAACUCUUUUACAUCGAACAAAGGACACAACGGACCACAUCGUGGAUCUGUACCUGAACUCCGUCGUGGUUAAUAGUGUCCGUGGUUUACAUCAGCGGUCAGGGCUGUUAGUCUGACCUCUGACCUCUGGUUUGUAUCAGCUGCCAUAUUUCACACACAGCAAUCAGGAACUUAUCUGAACACGGAUUCCUCCGGGAUUGAACCUAAACUGUGACGAUGUGUUCACUGACAGUAUCUGUGACGGACUUUUGGCACAUCGGUCACGGUGCGUUCGUGGACUCGGACCACAUGCUAGUGGAGGACGGUCAGGAUGUUUCCUCACUGGAUCAGAGUGUGUAGAUGCUGGUUUUCUACCGAACGUGAUCUCAGUCUCAGUCUGAAGACGUUCUUCAGUCUUUUCUGCUUUUUGUUUCUGGGCUUUAUGUUCCAACAGCAGGGUUGGAGAAUUCACAUCACGCUCACUUUAAAGGACCAUACCGGAGUUUUUGAAUGUUUUAACCAGUUUACUACAAAUCACGUACACGCUGCUGUUUUCCAAACCAUAACUCAGUGCUUUAUAUAUUCAAACGUGGUUUAGAUCCUUCCAGGCAGCCGUAGGCGUCGGCUCAUUUCUACAAAAAUCAGCGUGCAGAGGCGAUAAACUCGCUGGCUCACGCCAAAGCAAUUAAGUCGUUUGUGCAGAUAAAUACGUAGCAUCCGUUUCUCGAAAACAUAAUCACAUUUGCAGAGAAACAAAGUUGCACAGCACAAACUAAACGCAUUGCUUCAUAGCGCUACAAAGACUUCCACAAGGUACCUUUAAAAACCAAAUUUAAGGGAACUUAAUUAAAAAUAAUGGAUGAGGCUUUCUGUUACUGAGACUUUCUUGUCCUCUUGUAGUUAUCAGUAGAUAUUAAUCAAGACACGUGGCUUUAAUAAAAGUUUGACUGUAAAACUGCUUCCUUAAGAAAUAAGAACGGCAGGUUGAGUUUUUAAAAUGUGUUAAAAUGAACUGAAACAGCUGGAGACAUUUUAUAAAAUCUAAAACCCUUGAGUCUGUUUUGGAAAACGGUGGGUGGUGAGAGUUGGAGUAAAUGGGCUAAAACAUGCAAAACGCGGGUAUGCUCCUUUUUAAGAAAGUGACUGAAAAUGACCACAAGCUGAUUGAACUGAUCACAUGGCAGCCAAUCAGCUGUGUUUACGUGAUGACAUCAUACCAGAGAGAUGAACGCAAACAUACGAAAACUUUUUCUCAGCGUUUGGGAUCUCCCCGCUGAUCGACCAGUCGGCCGUAAGGAAGGACUCGCUCAGUCCCGCAGAGCUGCCCUGCCAUUGGUCGGUUCGGCGGAUCGGCGGGUCGAGGUCCUAGGCAAUAACAGAGCGACAGGAAGUGAAGCUGGUCGGUCAACUUAUCGCAGCAACGAAGCACUUUUGCCAAACCUCAGGGCUCAGAGACAGAGAGGUUUUGUUUACUCUUUCUUCUAGAUUUUCAGUAGAGUUCGGUUCAGUUGAGUCCAGUUGUGUUGCGAUCGAUUGGUUCUGUGUUGUACAGCUGAUCGCACUUCGGUCAUAUUUACUAUAAUAAUAGAAAUCUACAGAGUUGUUGUUUUUCUGCUGCGAUCACCAGCCUGUCCACACGGAAACAUUACUUUGGUUUUUGAGUCGGAGCCGAGUCGCUGUAACAAAACCUCCAUCUGAAGUCCUUUGGUCACGAAUGGUGGCAGCGUCAGAUUUCACUAAUAACUCAUAUCAAUUUAAAUAGAUAAAUUUGUGACUAAAUUUCUCACGAUUGGAUGAAAAAGGAAAAAUAAAUAAACAGGAAAAUGAAAUCAUGCGAAAGAAGGUUGAGUGGCUGAGUGGUUUUAUCGCUGAUGAAUUCAAUGACUCGGCUCGAGACAAAAUGAGUUCAGAUUGAGGUUUUUUGCAGUGCGCUGAAGAGUUUCACUACAAGGUGUUUGAAAAAAUCAUGGUUGUAUAAUUUCUAACCUUCAUAAUAAAAGCCUGGAAGGCGGCUCACAAACCCUCGAGAUUUCGAGAAUAGCCGUAAUAUUUUGAGAAAAAAGCCGCCAUCUUGUGAAAACAGAAAGAAAAAAGUUCAGGGGAAAAGUAAUUUUACAAGUAACACUCAUUUUAUAAGAAAAAGUCAUAACAUUUGAGAUAAAGUUGUAAAUAUGAAGAGAAAAAGUCAUAUUUUUAUUCGUAAUGGGAUAAAAUUGUAAUUUAAAAAUCACGAUAUGUAGCGAGUCAGAAUUUGACGACAAAAAGUUGUAAUAUUUUGAGAUUAAAGCUGAAGUAUAAUGAGAUGUUUGUUGUUAUAGUUCCUUUGCUGGAAGUCUUUGACUUGUCCCGUUGACAGACCCUUUUAUUCAAGAAAAAGUUUGAGCCGCCUCCAUUAGAGAAUUUACAGUAAAUUAAGCGUUCAAAGUAAUUUUCAGUCGAUUUCUUGCUCUGUGGUUCGGAUGAAACUCUUCAGUGCGACAGGAACGGUUCACGUGUUUGUAAAAAUUGUCUGAAAAGGUUUGAAAAAUGUUCUCUGUGCUCAGCUCUGGUGGCCGGCGAGACUUUUCCAUUCUCCAUCUGUACCAUAACAUCCAGUUUGUAAACGCUCAGUGAGGCCGAUCCUGUUCAGAGACAAGUGCACCUCCCAUCCACGUCGGAGCGACGCCAGGUCCAGGUUUCACACCCGACUACUUCAUUUCUGUUUUAUUUUACAACCUGGCUCUUAUUUUGGUGGUUUUGCGGCUGCGUGGAACGAGCGAGUUAUCGUUUUUCGCCUGGUGUUUGGUUACGCUUUUUAUUUAGUCAUUUUCCUGCUGUGACGGAGCAGUCGGACAUUUUCCUUUAACCUUGCGUUGUUUGAUCGUUUUUUAAAAGAGCUGCUGUCACGUUUUUAGGAUCUGUGAUUGGAGUUAGACUCGGGACAGGAUCUCAACAGAAGUCUCUAAAUUUUCCUCGCAGCUACAGAUGUCGAACAGAUGUCGAACACCGCGAUGUGCGAAGUGAGGGUGCUUGAUUCUGGACGGGACAAAACCUGCAAAACGUCUCCAGUUUGACAAGAUCUUACAUCUAAUAUGGAGUCUUAAAAUCUUUUCCCCUCAAAACAGAUUAAAAAAUCUUUCCCAGGAUUCCCAAGAACACGAGUUCGAGCUCGAACUACUAAGUACGCAAGUUUGAGUUCGAACGUGAGUUCGAGUUGGAGUUAAAACGUCCGGGAAGUUGGAGAAAGGCCUGUCGUAGUUUCAGCUGAGUGAACUCUAACUGCAGUGAGUUUCAGGACUCUGUGUUUGCUGUUAAAGGUCUUGUCGAGGUGGAAACGUUCGCGGCGGUUCGGUCGGGUACAAAGUGUGAAACCCAGCGAAGAUGACAUCACUAGUCUGCCGGUGGCUCUCUCAGGACCACUUCCUGGGUGUCUGGCACUUCAUUAUGGAUCCCACCGUAGUUCUGGGCAGAAACAGAAGUCUCUAAUCUUAACCUAAACAAAAAUAUUCUCCACGUUGAACCUGAACUGAACAAAUCUUCCGGUUUUUCGGACCAAUCGCAGCUUCUGCCUGUAAUUCUGCUGAUAUCCAUAAUUUCAGGAGGCGGGCGGCCUCUUGGGUCGAGGCCGUCCGCUGUGUCGCCUGUACGAAAACACUGAAAAAAUAAAAAUGUGUAUAUAGUGCAACCCUGUAAAUAGGCAAAUACUAACGGAGACUCUAUUUUAUGUAUGAGCUGAGAGAGAGAGACGCUAACUCAAGGAGAAAUAUUUGAUUUGAUGUUUUUUAUUUGUAAAAGUGAGAGGAAGUGUACAGCGAUGACCGAAAGAGAAAGAAAUCACGAUGAAUUUAUGACUUUACGAAUUGUACAGUUAAAUCUCUUCAGUUUGAUUGUUCUGUUGUUUUCUAUCUGAGGCUUGGGUUGUUUCUGUUUGGUUUUUUUUGUACAGAAGUGGUUGUUUACAUCAGUAAUAUCACGUCCUUUCUUCUGUGAACGUCAGACAGACGAUGUGAUUGGAGCACAGGCCUGGGAGGAGGCGGGGCCUGGAGGGUUGGCGUCGUUUUACCGAGUACUGAGGAAAAACGGGACCAAAGGGGAAAGUUAGGAAAGGAAAGGAGGAAAAAAUAAAAUCCGGAGAUUUCAAUUGAAAUAUUUUGUGAAAAAAGUCAAAAGGACGUCGUUUUAUUUAAUUUAUUUUGACAAACAAGUCGUCGUAUUAUCACGCAAAGUUGUCAUUUUACGAGCAAAAAGUUGUAAUAUUAAAAUAAAGUCGUAAUCGUGUGAGAUUUCGAGAAUGAUUAAUAAUAAUUUUACGAGAAACAGGUCGUAAUAUUAUGAGCUUAGAGAGUCAUAACGUCAGAAUUAAGUCCGAAUUUUGGGAAAAGUUAAAAAUUUUACGAGAAGCCAAUAUUUCAAGAUAAGGUUGCAAUUUGAGUAGAAAAAGUUCAAAUAUUAUGAAAUAGUAUAAUUUUACUAGCAAAGUAGGACUUUGAGAAGUCGUAAUUUUUCGAGAAAUCAUAUUUUUCGAGAAUUAAGUUGUAAUUUUGCAAGAAAAGUUGUAUUAAAAAAAGAAGAAAACGUCUUUAUUUCAAGAAUAAAGUCGUGUUUUUUUCUGAGAAAAAAGUUUUAAGAGUCAUAAUGAGAUAAAGUUGUAAUUUUACAACAAGUUGUAAUGUUACAUAAUAAUUCAAAUGCAUACAUUUUGUCCUCAAGGCUUUUUUACUUGUAAUAUGACUUUAUUCUUAAAAUAUUUUCUACAAAAUUACAAACUAUUCUUUAAAUAUUUAGAUUUUCCUCGUAAAUUUACAACUUUUCUCAUCGUCCGACCUUUUCUUGUAAAACUUCAUUCUUGAAAUCCUUUUCUAGUGAAAUUACUCAAUUAUUUCAUAAUAUUACAACUAACUUUUCUACUAAAAUCCCAACCGUAUGUUGAAAUAUUACAACUCUUUUUUCUCAACAUUACGACCUCCUUAUUGAAAUCACAGCGGCCCUGACGCUGCACUGCAGUGCUGCACUUUAUUGUGCCGUUGUGUUUAUUAUAAGUCUGGUAGAGAGUAUAAAAUACUUAGUUUAAAUUGAUUUAAAAAGAAAAAACUGCCAAUGAGAUCACUGUUAGUGUUUUUGCAGUUUCAUUAAAAGUGAAAACCAGUUUUAUCUAUAAAAGACAGAGUUGAAGCAGAGACAGCACAGAUGUAAAAGUGGAAAUAGAAAUAGAUGAAUUGGAAAGCUGUUGAUUACACUCCCGUCGACGCGUUCAUACAGGUGAAGUUUCCAAAUUGAUUUGAAGCUCAGCCGAAGCGAUUGAAAGGAACGGGUUUGAAAGUGUCGCCUCCUCCAGACUCGUUGCUCCUUCUGCUGCCACGCUACAGACGCUGAAAUAAAACCUCUGGACAACAACAACAACUCA